AUGUUCACUAAGGCUUUGUGCUUCGUCGCUCUCGCAUCUACUGUGGCUGUGGUAAAUAGCCACGGUCACGGGUUCUCAUCGCAACACAUCUACAGGCAUGAUGGACCUGCACACAUCGUGCCAGUUCAUGGACAUGGUCAUGGUCAUGGCCAUCAUGAUGGUCACGAUUACUAUGCCUACCCUAAAUUCGAGUUCGCUUACAAAGUAGAGGACCCCCACACCGGUGACUUCAAGUCGCAGCAUGAGCAUCGUGAUGGUGAUGUCGUCAAGGGCUACUACUCCCUGCACCAGCCUGAUGGCUCCAUCAGACAUGUAGACUACCAUGGCGACAAGCAUUCCGGUUUCCACGCUGAUGUGAAGCACAGCACUCACCACAUCGUCCCACAUCACCACAACCAUCAUUAUUGA